AUGGGUUUUCCCUGUCCUAUUGAUGCAAGCCUGUUCCCGACAGUAGUUUCUGUACUCUAAGUGACGAGGCAGCAGUGGAGCAAAUGAGUAUAAAUACCAGCACCUUUUCCCUCAGUCAACCAUCACAAAGGAGCUGACAAGAGUCAACGAGAGAGUCAAAGGAUCUGACCACCUUAAACCACUCAAACCUCCUGAAGAUGAAGACGUUCAGCGUUGCAGUUGCAGUGGCCGUUGCACUCAUGUGUAUUUGCAUUCAGCAGAGCUCUGCCACAUUUGCUGAGAUACGAGAACUGCAAGAGCUACAAGAGGCUGUGAGCAAUGACAGUCCAGCUGCUGAACAUCAGGAGAUAUCAGCUGACUCAUGGGUGAUGCCGUACCACAGACAGAAGCAUGGCAUGAAGUGUCGCUUUUGCUGCGGCUGCUGCAAUGCUGGUGUCUGUGGAUUGUGCUGCAGAUUCUGAGAAUAUCUACCUGCGAUUAUCACAUCAACCACUAAAUAUAGACUCUUAUACAUGAAAUGAUUUGACUGCUUAGCAUUUGUUAAAGUCUGACAGUGUUUCUUCAUCUGGUCGUCCUGCUGUAUCAGUGAACAGUGUACCAAGCAUUUGGAACUACAGUAUGUUAUUAUAUUAAAAAGUUCAGAGUCACUAUACUAUAACAUGUGCUGGGUUUUUUUUCUGUUUCUGUCUGACAAGAAUUAAACAUUAAUGGAAACCAGUGACAUGUUGCCUCAUACUCUUGCCCAUGUCGUAUAUGGUA